AUGGAACUGGACGUAGAUAGCAUCAUCGAGCGCUUGCUCGAAGUUCAAGGCAAUAGGCCGCUGCGCACUGUGCAGCUGAGCGAGGAGGAGAUCCGCGGACUGUGCCUCAAAAGCCGCGAGAUCUUCCUGUCGGAGUCAGUGCUCCUGGAGUUGGAGGCGCCGAUCAAGAUCUGCGGCGACAUCCACGGGCAGUACUACGAUCUCCUGCGGCUGUUCGAGUACGGCGGGUUCCCGCCGUCCUCCAACUACCUCUUCCUCGGGGACUACGUGGACCGAGGCAAGCAGUCUCUGGAGACCAUUUGUUUGCUCCUGUCCUACAAGAUCAAGUACCCGGAGAAUUUCUUCCUGUUGCGUGGGAACCACGAGUGCGCGUCCAUCAACCGCAUCUACGGUUUCUACGAUGAGUGCAAGCGCCGCUACAGCGUGAAGCUGUGGAAGGUCUUCACGGACUGCUUCAACUGCCUGCCUGUGGCUGCGAUCAUCGACGAUAAGAUAUUCUGCAUGCAUGGCGGCCUCUCGCCGGAGCUGAACUCCAUGGACCAGAUCCGGCAGAUUGCGCGGCCAACCGACGUGCCGGACACCGGGCUGCUCUGCGACCUUCUCUGGAGCGAUCCCGACCCGAACACCAUGGGGUGGGGAGAAAACGACCGAGGAGUCUCGUUCACCUUCGGUUCCGAUAUCGUUGUCAACUUCCUGAUGAAGCACGAGCUCGACCUCAUCUGCCGCGCACACCAGGUGGUGGAGGACGGGUACGAGUUUUUCUCCAAGCGACGCCUCGUGACGCUUUUCAGCGCACCCAACUACUGCGGGGAGUUUGACAACGCAGGUGCCAUGAUGAGCGUCGACAAGACGCUCAUGUGUUCGUUCCAGAUACUGAAGCCGGUGGACCGCAAGCGGCUAAAAUGA